UCCUAAAGUGCACACUGCACAUUCCCUACAAAGCAAAGCCAAAGCGAAGGAGCUCUCAAAAAAAAAAAAAAAAAAAAGAGGGAUGGAAAGCAAAAGCUGAGUCUGCCAAUUCUAACCCAUCACAAGAACAAAAGCUUUUUCUAGUUGCAGAGCUAAAAAACAAAAAACCCCACAGUCUAGAGAGAGAGAAAGAGCAGAGAAAAAAAGAAAAGAGCUCGGGCUUCGAUCGCUCGGGCUCUAUCCGACCUGUUGAUUGAGCAUUUGUGUUGGAAAUUUUGAAGAAAGAAGGAAUUUUUUUGUUUCAAGGCUGUGAAGGGAUUGAAGGCAGAGUUCAAGCUCUGUUUGUGAAUCCUUUUCUUGAUUUUUCUUUUCUUUUAAGGUUGAUUGGGUUGGCUGUAAGAUUAUUCCAUGUAAAGAUUCCAGAUUAGCCGGAAUGGAAAGGGUUCCAGAUUCAAAGGUGCUUCCUAGGAAAUUGCCUGCUGUGAGUUCAGUGUUGAAUGCGCGUAUGGUCUUUGGGAGAGAAGCAGGUCUUGUGCCGAAUUUGCAAGCUGUAUUGGUUAGAGAAGAAGUGGGUCGAUCUAAUUUGGGAAAUUCCCAAGAUUCAGAGACAGCUGCACCUGUAAGGACAUGGAAAGGGAAAGACUCUUUGCUUGAACAGGAAGAAAUCAUGCCUGAUGUUAUUAUAUUCAAGGGCAGCAGUGACUCAUUGGAGGAAGGUGGACCUAGUGCUUUUUCUGGAGCUAGUCACCCUCCAGAACCUGUUGACACGGAUCUAAUGAGAAUGUAUGUACCAAUUGGUCAGAAGAAGUCCGAUCCUGGGUGUUUGAUGAAGAGCAUGUCAGUGAAGGGUCCUUUUCUAGAAGAUCUUUCAAUUAGGGUUCCUCCUAAAAAACCAAGUCCUGCUGUUCUUUCGCCAGCAGAAAGUCUGGUUGAAGAACCCAAUGAUUUAGGUGCAUUAUCUUCUCCAUUUUCAGUUCCACGUGCAUCACAAAAUACAGAUAACUCUCUCCUUCCUCCAGAUUCAGAUGAAAAAGAAUGUGUUUGGGAUGCUUCUUUGCCUCCAAGUGGUAAUGUAAGUCCACAUAGCAGCAUUGACAGUACAGGGGUUGUCACUGCAAUGAGCAUUGUCAAUAGCUGUGCCAGUACAUAUAGGAGUGAUGCAGUUACAAGUGAUGGCAUGCUUAGCAUGGAGAGGAACUGCGAGAGUACAAAGGGAAGUGUCAGAGCAGAUUCACUUGAGAGUGCAAAGACUAGUGUUAGCCGAGCAAGUGAUAGCAGUGGCCUUAGUGAUGACAGUAACUGGAGCAACAUUACUGGGAGUGCUAAUAAACCUCAUAAAGGAAAUGACCCGAGGUGGAAGGCCAUCCUUGCUAUCCGAGCUCGAGAUGGGAUUUUGGGCGUGAGUCGUUUUAGAUUGCUUAAACGACUUGGUUGUGGUGACAUUGGCAGUGUAUAUCUCUCAGAGCUGAGUGGUACUCGUUGUUAUUUUGCAAUGAAAGUAAUGGACAAGGCAUCCCUUGCAAGUCGUAAGAAGUUGACUAGGGCUCAGACAGAAAGGGAGAUUCUGCAGUUGCUGGACCAUCCAUUUCUGCCUACUCUGUAUACGCAUUUUGAAACAGACAGAUUCUCAUGUCUAGUUAUGGAAUACUGUCCUGGGGGUGAUCUACACACUUUGAGGCAACGGCAGCCUGGAAAGCAUUUCUCUGAAUAUGCUGCAAGAUUUUAUGCUGCAGAGGUUCUAUUAGCGCUUGAGUAUCUCCACAUGCUUGGUGUUGUCUAUAGGGACUUGAAACCAGAAAAUGUUCUAGUUCGUGAUGAUGGCCACAUAAUGCUCUCCGACUUUGAUCUUUCCUUAAGAUGCACAGUUUCUCCUACACUGAUUAAAACCUCAGCAAUUGAUUCUGAUCCUUCGAAACGUGGAGCUGGUGGUGCAUUUUGUGUUCAACCUGCCUGUAUUGAGCCUACAUCAGUUUGCAUCCAGCCUGCCUGCUUUAUUCCACGGAUAUUCCCUCAAAAGAACAAGAAGAAAGCCCGAAAGCCUCGAGCUGAAUUUGGGUUGCCUUCUAGUACCCUCCCUGAGCUUGUUGCGGAGCCUACUGCAGCCCGGUCUAUGUCCUUUGUUGGAACCCAUGAAUACCUAGCCCCUGAAAUAAUCAAAGGAGAAGGCCAUGGAAGUGCUGUUGACUGGUGGACCUUUGGAAUUUUCUUGCAUGAACUGCUGUAUGGUAAAACCCCCUUUAAAGGCUCAGGAAACCGUGCUACGCUGUUCAAUGUUGUGGGGCAACAGCUGAGAUUCUCAGAUUCACCAGCAACCAGUUAUGCUAGCCGUGAUUUAAUCCGAGGCUUGCUGGUGAAGGAGCCGCAACACCGGCUAGGUGUGAAGAGGGGAGCAACUGAGAUCAAGCAGCAUCCUUUCUUUGAAGGUGUGAAUUGGGCUCUAAUUCGAUGCAGCACCCCACCUGAGGUGCCAAGACCCAUGGAGAGUGAGUUGCCAGGGAUGCCUGGGAAAUUUGGGCCAGUGGAGCCAUUUGGGGUUGGUAGCAGCAGCAAAAGGAUGGUAGGGGGAACAGACAUGAAAUCUGGGGGUAAAUAUCUGGACUUUGAGUUCUUUUAGUUUUGAAUUAGAAAAUGCUGUGUUGUAUUAGUAUCAUUAGUCAAAUCCCUUCAAGAGUUUGCUGACAGCACUUUGUUAUGAUGAUAUGCUUCAGCUCACUACCUCAUCAAA